AUGCAGGCCUGCUCUCGGAAAGUAUAUAAUACGCGGCUGUUUAUUCUGUGGCACCAUUCUCCUCCUCUGCGAGCCACUUUAAGGAUGAAAAUCGCGUUGCUUCUUCUGGCCGGCCUGGCGUGCGCGGGGGCGGCGUCCCUCCCCGCCCACGCGCCCCGCCCAGCCCUGCCCUCGCACCAGCUGGUCCCUGGUACCGCCCCCGUCAAGCAGCUCCGCCCCGCCCUCCGACCCGCUCGCUUGUCUGACCAGGCCGUCCCUCGCACUAUUCUCGACACCAUCUUGAGCAUCCUCCACGGCCUCGGCGUCAGCGAUGACGAGAUUGCGGCAGCUUUGGCCGAGCUGCAGCACCUGAUGGAGAUCGUGAUCGCCGACAUGUCCCCCGAGGAGAUCCUUGAGGUCCAGCACGCGCUCGACGACAUCCUCAACCAGGUCAACUCCGGCAACGCCGACAUCAAUCAAGUCCUGGUCGACCUGUCCAUCAUCUACACCGACAUCUACCCACACCUGACCCCGGAGGCCCAGGCCGCCCUCGACCAGAUCGUCCAGAUCAUCAUCGACAUCAUCAGCGGAGCCGCGGGCAAGGAGGGUCAGCCCAAGACCAUCCUGGACACGCUCAUCGCCAUCCUCCACGCCCUCGGCUUCACUGACGAGGACAUCGCGCAUGCCUUGGAGGAGCUGCAGCACCAGAUGGAGAUCGUGAUCGCCGACUUGUCCCCCGAGGAGCUCCUUGAGGUCCAGCACGCACUCGACGACAUCCUCAACCAGGUCAACUCCGGCAACGCCGACAUCAACCAAGUCCUGGUCGACCUGUCCAUCAUCUACACCGACAUCUACCCUCACCUGACCCCGGAGGCCCAGGCCGCCCUCGACCAGAUCGUCCAGAUCAUCAUCGACAUCAUCAGCGGAGCCGCGGGCAAGGAGGGUCAGCCCAAGACCAUCCUGGACACGCUCAUCGCCAUCCUCCACGCCCUCGGCUUCACUGACGAGGACAUCGCACAUGCCUUGGAGGAGCUGCAGCACCAGAUGGAGAUCGUGAUCGCCGACUUGUCCCCCGAGGAGCUCCUUGAGGUCCAGCACGCGCUCGACGACAUCCUCAACCAGGUCAACUCCGGCAACGCCGACAUCAACCAAGGUCCUGGUCGACCUGUCCAUCAUCUACACCGACAUCUACCCUCACCUGACCCCGGAGGCCCAGGCCGCCCUCGACCAGAUCGUCCAGAUCAUCAUCGACAUCAUCAGCGGAGCCGCGGGCAAGGAGGGUCAGCCCAAGACCAUCCUGGACACGCUCAUCGCCAUCCUCCACGCCCUCGGCUUCACUGACGAGGACAUCGCGCAUGCCUUGGAGGAGCUGCAGCACCAGAUGGAGAUCGUGAUCGCCGACUUGUCCCCCGAGGAGCUCCUUGAGGUCCAGCACGCGCUCGACGACAUCCUCAACCAGGUCAACUCCGGCAACGCCGACAUCAACCAGGUCCUGGUCG